GCUCGCCGCGCAACGCAACGCAUCCUUCUCUCUCGCAGCGGCGCAGCUGCUCUGCCUCAUCCUCUCCUCCACUUGCACCUGCAGGUCGCGGCAGCCAUUGCCUGCGCUCCACUCCACUCGCAGUUCGCGCGGCUCGAGGGGCUGGGAGAGGAGGCCUCUCGAGUUCCGCCUCGAAUUCUGCCCUCUCUCCGGCGAGAAGACCGGAGGCGGCGGAGCCCACAGGAGGGAGCAGAGGGGGAUCGGGAACCUCAAUCUCGCCUGCUGCCUCGGUCUGCUCGCAGAUCUGCUCCGUUGCACCGUUGAUUGCCGGAAUCCCCCGAGCUGUUCGUCGCCAUGGGUGGUAGAAUUGGCUGGGUUUCCUUGAUCUUCUCGCUGCACGCCAACUAAUCGGGGGCGCAUUUGGUUCGUCCCGCCGUUCUAGCCAAGAAAUCGAGUGAAUUGUGGGAAGGAGAGGGGAAGGCACCCCCGAGUAGACGACGGCAAUGGCGUCGUGGGAGAACCUAGGGGAAGUGGCCACCGUCGUGCAGCUGACCGGGUUGGACGCCGGGCGGCUCAUCUCCAUGAUCGUCAAGGCGGCGUCGACGGCGCGGCUGCACAAGCGCAACUGCCGCCGGUUCGCGCAGCACCUCAAGCUCAUCGGCGGCCUGCUGGAGCAGCUGCGCGUGUCGGAGCUCAAGAAGUACCCGGAGACCCGCGAGCCGCUGGAGCAACUCGAGGACGCGCUCCGCCGCGCCUACCUGCUCGUCCACUCCUGCCAGGACCGCUCCUACCUCUACCUCCUCGCCAUGGGCUGGAACAUCGUCUACCAGUUCCGCAAGGCGCAGAACGAGAUCGACAACUACCUCCGCCUCGUCCCGCUCAUCACGCUCGUCGACAAUGCCCGCGUCAGGGAGCGAAUGGAAUACAUUGAGAGGGAUCAAUGUGAAUAUUCUUUUGAUGAGGAAGACAAGGAGGUUCAAGAUGCUCUGUUAAACCCAGAUCCUAGUACAAAUCCUACAGUAGUGCUCAAGAAGACUCUGUCAUGCUCUUAUCCAAACUUGCCAUUUAACGAAGCGCUUCGAAAGGAAAGUGAGAAGCUCCAAGUGGAACUUCAGAGAUCACAAAGCAACAUGGAUAUGGGCCAAUGUGAGGUUAUUCAACACCUCCUUGGAGUGACUAAAACUGUGGCAAGUUCAAUUCCAGAUAAAUGUGCCACUCCCAAGGUUUCUGAAAAAUGUGACUCUAAUCUCACAAAAAUAAAUGAAGAAAGUGCAAAAACAUACGAUGAUGACUCUCCAAAGAAGCAAAAGGAUGCCUGUGGUGCACCACGAAGUUCUUUGCCAUCUUCAUAUGGCCAUGAUCUUGUCUCAAGCAGAGGAUCAUACAGUGAUGAGUGGCAUGCAGAUUUGCUUGGCUGCUGUACAGAACCAUCUUUAUGUUUGAGAACAUUCUUUUUCCCAUGCGGAACAUUCUCAAGGAUUGCUUCAAUUGCGAAGAACAGGCCCAUCUCUUCUUCAGAAGCAUGCAAUGAUAUCAUGGCAUACUCCCUGAUAUUAUCCUGCUGCUGUUAUACUUGCUGUGUGAGGAGAAAGCUUCGACAAAAGCUAAAUAUUGCGGGAGGUUGCAUUGACGAUUUCCUAUCACAUUUGAUGUGUUGUUGUUGCGCACUUGUUCAAGAAUGGCGGGAAGUUGAGAUCCGUGGAGCUUAUGAUGAGACUAAGAUAAGCCCACCGUCAUUUCAAUACAUGGAACACUGAAAGGCUUGGAGUUCUCUGAAGAUAUGACCCUAAAGCAACCCCGUUCUCGUACUGCCAUAGCAAUGACACAGUUACAACAUUGUUGUAUUUAUGCUUACCCUGAAUUGUUUGUGUUGGUACCCUGUUUAUAGUAACAUCAGUUGGUAUUGGGCAGAGUCUGUUGUAUGUAGUACUUUGUAAAAACAUAUAACAUAUUACAGGCCCUCUUAGUGCUCGUCUCUGUUGAAAA